AUGUCGUCCGCUAGCAGGGGCGUACAUCUGGCUACCACGAUUCUGCGUGUCGAAGGCAUGACAUGUGGAGCGUGUACCUCGGCCGUUGAAGCUGGCUUCAAGGCCGUCGAGGGCGUCAGCAGCGUGUCUGUCAAUCUCAUCUUAGAGAGAGCAGUCAUCAUACACAAUCCCGACACAAUAUCGCCAGGAGAGAUUCGAGACAUUAUCGAAGACCGCGGUUUCGACGCAACCGUCCUCUCGACAGACAUGCCGACCACUACGACCGCCGACGAGGGCCACAACGAGGACACCGUCACCACCACCAUCGCCGUCGAGGGAAUGACUUGCGGCGCGUGCACCUCGGCCGUCGAGAGCGGCUUCAAGGGAAUCCCCGGCGUCAAGACCUUCAGCAUUUCCCUCCUGUCCGAGCGUGUCGUCAUCGAACACGACCCAGACCUGCUCACGGCUGCCCAGAUCGCCGAGACCAUCGAAGACCGCGGCUUCGGCGCCGAGAUUGUCGACAGUAGCCCGACCGCGGCUGCUUCCCCGACGAACAAGGCCGAAGCCGCUCCCUCGAGCAACAUUGCCAACACGACAGUCGCCAUCGAGGGUAUGACGUGCGGCGCGUGUACCUCUGCCGUCGAGAGCGGCUUCAAGGGCCUCGACGGCGUCCUCAAGUUCAACAUCAGCCUGCUGGCGGAGCGCGCCGUCAUCACCCACGACGUGACAAAGCUUUCUCCCGAGCAGAUUGCCGAGACGAUUGACGAUCGUGGCUUCGACGCCACCGUCCUGUCUACACAGUUCGAGGCGGCGCAAUCCGCCGGCAGCGCAUCAGCCGAGGCGGCGACGACGGCCCAGCUCAAGAUCUACGGGUGCUCUGAUGCGGCCAUGGCGUCGGCCGUCGAGGACUCGCUGAACAGCCUGCCCGGCGUCAGCUCCGCCUCCAUCAGCCUAGCUACGGACCGGCUGACGGUGAAGCACGAUCCCCGUGUCACCGGCCUGCGCGUCAUUGUCGAGACGGUCGAGGCCCAGGGGCUCAAUGCCCUCGUGGCUGACAGCCAGGACAACAACGCUCAGCUGCAGUCGCUGGCCAAGACGCGCGAGAUCAACGAGUGGCGCCUCGCCUUCCGGACCAGCUUGGCCUUUGCCAUCCCCGUCUUCGUCAUCGGCAUGAUCCUACCCAUGUGUAUCCCCGCCCUCGACUUUGGCAGAUUCGAGCUGAUUCCCGGCCUCUUUGUCGGCGACGUCGCCUGUCUCGUCCUCGCCCUGCCCGUCCAGUUUGGCAUCGGCAGGCGCUUCUACGUUUCGGCCUACAAAUCCAUCAAGCACCGCUCGCCCACCAUGGACGUGCUCGUCAUCCUCGGCACCUCGUGCGCCUUCUUCUUCAGCGUUCUCGUCAUGGUCGUGGCGGUGCUCAUCCCUCCCCACGCCCGGCCCCACACCAUCUUUGACACGAGCACCAUGCUCAUCACCUUUAUUUCUCUCGGUCGCUAUCUCGAGAACUCGGCCAAGGGCCAGACCUCCAAAGCGCUGUCGCGCCUCAUGUCCCUGGCUCCUUCCAUGGCCACCAUCUACGCCGAUCCGAUCGCGGCCGAGAAGGCGGCUGAGGCUUAUGCCUCAGGCCGUGGUGACGGGGACGGCAAGCAAGGUGCUUCCUCGUCAUCUUCGUCGUCUGCCUACGAGGAAAAGACUGUGCCUACGGAGCUACUGCAGGUCGGCGACAUUGUCGUGAUCAAGCCUGGCGACAAGAUCCCGGCCGACGGCACGCUUCUGCGCGGCCAGACGUACGUGGACGAGAGCAUGGUGACGGGUGAGGCCAUGCCGGUGCAGAAGCGCGUCGGCUCAAGCGUGAUAGGAGGCACCGUCAACGGCGACGGACGUGUAGACUUCCGGGUAACACGUGCGGGCCGCGACACGCAGCUCAGCCAGAUUGUGCGGCUCGUGCAGGACGCUCAGACUACGCGUGCGCCGAUCCAAGCCUUGGCCGACACGCUGGCUGGCUACUUCGUCCCCGUGAUCCUGGGCUUGGGACUGGCGACGUUUCUGUGCUGGAUGGUGCUGAGCCACGUGCUGCCGAACCCGCCCAAGGUCUUCACCUCGGAGGAGGGCGGUGGUAAGAUCAUGGUGUGCGUCAAGCUGUGUAUCUCGGUCAUCGUGUUCGCCUGCCCGUGCGCCCUGGGCCUGGCCACGCCCACGGCCGUCAUGGUGGGCACCGGCGUCGGGGCCGAGCAGGGAAUCCUGAUCAAGGGCGGCGCCGCGCUGGAGCGCACCACCAAGGUCACGCAGGUGGUGCUCGACAAGACGGGCACCAUCACCUACGGAAAGAUGAAGGUGGCCCGCGUUGGCCUGGAGCCCGGCUGGAAAGGGGCCGAGUGGCGCAGGCGGCUCUGGUGGAACAUUGUCGGCCUGGCCGAGAUGGGCAGCGAGCACCCGGUCGGCAGGGCGGUCCUGGCCGCGGCCAAGGAAGAGCUCGACGUCGACGCAGAGACUGGCACGCUGGGCGGCAGCGUCGGCGAGUUCCAGGCCGCCGUCGGUCGUGGUAUCGACGCCGAGGUGGAGCCCCCCUCCUCUGCGUCGGCGGCGUCGAGGAGCGGCGGCGGCGGCGAGCGCAGGCGAUACAAGGUGCUAGCCGGCAACGCGCGACUGCUGCGCAGCCAGGGUAUCGAGGUGCCGUCGGUCGAUGCCCUCUCGGACGUCUCGGACGGCAGUGCCGGCGACGGCGACGGCGACAGCAAGAAAGACAAGCUGGUCAACAGCGGCAUGACGACCAUCUAUGUGGCCAUCGACGGCGUGUAUGCCGGCCACCUCGGCCUCGCCGACACCAUCAAGGAGAGCGCGGCAGCGACCAUGUCGGUGCUGGAGCGCAUGGGCAUCAAGACGGCGCUGGUGACGGGCGACGAGCGCGGCGCCGCCCUACGCGUGGCGGCGGCGAUCGGCAUCCCGGCCGAGUGCGUGCACGCCGGGGUGACGCCGGACCAGAAGCAGGGCAUCAUCCUUGAGCUCCAGGCCAGGGGCGAGGUGGUGGCCAUGGUAGGUGACGGCAUCAACGACUCGCCCGGCCUGGCAACGGCCGACGUCGGCAUGGCCAUGGCGUCGGGGACAGACGUGGCCAUGGAGGCAGCGGACGUGGUGCUCAUGCGGCCCACGGAGCUCAUGGACGUGGCGGCGGCGCUGCACCUGACGCGCACCAUCUUCCGGCGCAUCAAGCUCAACCUGGGCUGGGCAUGCAUGUACAACGCCCUCGGCCUCCCGAUCGCCAUGGGCUUCUUCCUUCCGCUGGGGGUCCACAUGCACCCUAUGCUGGCGGGUUUCGCCAUGGCGUGCAGCAGCGUCAGCGUCGUGGUGAGCAGCCUGCUCCUCAAGACAUGGAGGCGUCCAGCCUGGAUGGACGACGAGAUGGAGGCCUCGAAGGGCAGGGCCGGUGCACCCCGCCGCGAGAGCGGAGGUGCUACCGGCGCCGUCAACCUGGUUGUCGAGUGGGUGCGUGAUGCUGUGGGCAGAUUCACCGGUCGCGUCGGUGCUCCCAAGGAUGAGGGAUAUGUCCCUCUGCAGAAUAUAGAGCAUGUAUGA